UUGUAACCUUUGAAAUUCUAGUGGGAAGCGCAUGGGUUUUGAAUGUGUGUUGUGUUCAGUGUUGUGUGCUUGCCUGUUUGGGAAACAGCUGUAUGUGGAUUGGAAGUUGGUCUACGUUACCUGUGUACAUCAGUGAAAAGAGGAUGUUCUUGAUACCCAUAUCCUAUUAAAUUAAUGCAGUUACAUAGUGUUUUGUACAUUUUAAUUUCAAAUUUGGAGUGUUCUGUCGGCAUGUAAAAAUCAACACACAGAAGACCAGAAUAUUUUCGUUAUUAACAAUGGAGUUCGCCAAACGUGAAAUGGAGAAAUAUGGAUGGAAGGAAGGGAAAGGGCUUGGUCGAAAUGAAACAGGUAUGACAAAGGCCAUAACUCCAAAACUGAAGUUUGACACUGCAGGUAUUGGCCAUGAUUAUUCAGAAGAAUUCACCUACAACUGGUGGGAAGUUGCUUAUGAUAGUGCCUUGAAAAAUGUAGCUGUUAAGUCAAAUGAGAGUGGAGUUUCUGUAAAAGUUUGUGAUAAGGACCUUGAACUCACAAACAAGAAAAUCACUAACAGGAAGAAAAAGAAGUCAGAACUUGUACAUGGAAGAUUUUAUAAGACAUCAACAUUACUUGCAGAUGGCUCUGUAAAUGAGACCCCAAGCAUAACUGAGGAAACUGAUGUCAUCCAGAUGCCUAACACCUCUUUGACAGAUGAAGAGCUAUUCAGGAUAUGUGGAGGCCGCACUGCACACAAAGGUGCUCGACAUGGCUUGGGACUCAGUGGCAAACUUGCUCGAAUUGAAGAUCAAGACAAGAAAUUGCUUAAACAAUUAUCAGGAAGUCAGAACUUGAAGAAGAUAAAAUUAACAUCUGAUUGUGAAACCUCUAAAAGUAGUGAAAAUCAAUGUACAGAAAAUGACUGUGGCACAUUAGAAGAAAAAAAGGAAAAGAAGAAAAAAAGGAAGAAAGAAAGAAAGGAAAAGUGUGUUGAAGAUGCAUAACAGUGCAGGCCUCUCAAAUGGCUGAAAGCCAAACUUCCUUCAGUAUUUUAUUUCAUAUUGUUACCAUUAACAGAAAUAAAAUUAAAAUUACUUACAAAAAUCAGA